AGAAGGGAUUCCAACAUGAAUAGUUUCAAGAGAAUCCAUUUCCAGAACCUCCACUGCCAUGUGCAUUCAUUCCCUAGCGUCAAUCUGCCUGAGAAUACGCCUGUGAUCAAGCUAUGUUUCUUCAUGAGCUUCUUCUCACUCAUCCUAAAUCUAAGAAGGCUGGCAGGGUCGGCUGUCAUUGGCUUUGGACUCUGGUUUCGGUUUGGAGGCACCAUGAAGGGCUUCUCAUCAGAAGACAAGUCCCCAGAGUAUUUCUACAUGGGGCUGUAUGUGCUGGUCGGAGCUGGGGCCUUGAUGAUGGCCGUGGGCUUCUUUGGCUGCUGCGGGGCCAUGCGGGAGUCGCAGUGUGUGCUCGGAUCCUUCUUUACCUGCCUACUGGUGAUAUUUGCUGCUGAAGUAACCACUGGAGUAUUUGCUUUUAUAGGCAAGGGUGUAGCUAUACGACAUGUUCAGACCAUGUAUGAAGAAGCUUAUAAUGAUUACCUGAAAGACAAGGAAAGGGGAAAUGGGACUCUUAUUACCUUCCACUCAACAUUUCAGUGCUGUGGAAAAGAAAGCUCUGAACAGGUCCAACCCACAUGCCCAAAGGAGCUUCUGGGGCACAAGAAUUGCAUUGAUGAAAUUGAGGCCAUAAUCAGUGUUAAGCUCCAGCUCAUCGGAAUUGUUGGUAUUGGGAUUGCAGGUCUCACGAUCUUUGGCAUGAUAUUCAGCAUGGUCCUUUGCUGUGCAAUACGAACCUCGAGAGAUGUGAUAUGAAGCUACUUCUACAUGAAAAUUGCAACCUAGAGCUUUCAUAUGACUGUCAGCAGAACUUUCUCCUGGCUCAUUUUUAAUAUUCAAAGGACAUUAGGAUCUAAAAUAAUAUGCUGUUAAUUGUACAUUUGCACAUGUAUGUAUGUUUGGCUUGUUACUCAUUUACCCCUUGAGUGAAUGCUGUGUAUGUUGACUGAGAGCAUAUUCGUGUGUGAUCUGUGUAUUUCUGGUGUAUGCAUUGUAUAUAAUGAAAUCUUUGCUGGAGAUUCCUGAUUCUUGUUAUGUUAGAGGAACAACCUAUUUGACUCUCAGAAACAAAUGAUAAAUUUUUGAUAAACUUUAAAACAACGUAGCUAUUCAGAAGAAAUGAUAAUAGGUCAUUUUCUCAGAUUUUAGCCAUAGAAAGUUAGAUACAGAGAAUCUAGGGAUUUCUGGUUCACAGAAGCAAUAAGCUACAAGAAUUGAGAGAUCUUGGUGUAGUGCUAAAAUUGACUGCAUCUGAGUUAGAUGUAAGGGUUUCCUGGGAUUUUUUUUAUAUACAUACUCUCCCCAGAACACAGUAAACCACAGUUUUAGAACUAAACACAUCUGUAAAACUAAAUAUAGCAUGGAAAAUCUAAUUUGAAGAAGUCAUACUUUCCUCGUAUUUAAAAAUAAAAACCUCCCUCUGGAAAGAGUGGUCACACAGACAAUCAUGUGCCCUAUAAAACUGAGUGUCUUUAGGACUUUAAAAAAAAAAAAACUUUUAAUAACUUUUUAAGGAAAUUUUUUGUUCUUAUAUAAAUACAUUUAAAUAAUGCUUUAUUACUUUCCUUUUCUGACUCUGCUCUGAACUAUAGCAAUCCUCAUAUGAACAAAAGGGCUUUUAUCUCAAAUUUUUCUGUAUUUCUCCAAAUGUACAGAUUGAAAGACUAAAGCAAGAGAUCUGGCAGUUGCAAAUAGUGGGAAAGAGAAUUUCUACUGGCACUGUAUCUAUGAAAUACCUCAUAACUUGAGUUUACAUAUUUUCCUAAUUUUUUGUAUUUUUCUUAUUCACCUAGAGACUUCAUAGAUUUUGAUCUCCCAUUUUCAUCCUUUAGAAUAAAACAAAAUCCUUAAUUCAAAUAUUAUAUCAUAAGCACCCUUGACCAAACCAAAAGAAAGAAAAGAAAAAAAAAAAAAAGAAAGAAAAGCAUCUACCAGUUGUGCGCACACGCAGAAACAAGCUAAGUAAAUUAAAAUACUUAAACACAGAGAACAGAGAUAUGUUUUUUCUGUGUAAGUCUCCUAUAAAAAUAAAAUUUUCAUAUUCUU